AUGUCCAAAUCAUUUGAAGUUGCUGAAUUAGCUGAAGACUUGGAUGGAGAUAAAAGUUCAGAGGCGAUUGAGCCACACUUAAAGUUCACAUCCAUAGGACAUGGCUUGUGUGAUAUAACUUCUAUGGAUUCCAUCACUUGUGUAGCAGCACAUGGGAAAUUUAUUGCAGUUGGAACACAAUUGGGACGCGUGCAUUUACUGGACCACGGUGGGUUUCCUGUUGAAAAUGGAAUCUAUGGCGUGCAUAGUGCAUCUGUUAAUGCAAUCAGUAUAUCGGAACAAGGUUAUUUUAUUGCUAGUUGUGGAGAAGAUGGACUUUUAGUGAUAUAUAAUUUAUCCUCAAUAUUACCCAGUCAAAUUCAUAAUUUUCAGUAUCCUAUUAAAGCGGUUGCUAUUGCUCCAGAUUUUGAAAAAUCUAAUAAUGUAGUUGUUGGUUUUAACAAGAUAUAUCUAAUGUCAAAAGGUGUGUUUACCAAAGCAAAAUAUGAUGAACUUGCUAAAGUGAAUGGCUUGGUUAGAACAAUCAAAUGGCAUUCAGAAAUUAUUUUAUGGGCUGAUGAUAAAUGUAUAUGUGUUUACGAUAUUCGUGAUCGCCGUCCGAUUACAUUUCUUCGAUUCGCUAAUACUAUGAAUAAGACGCCUACUUUACCCACUGUAUGUAGCCUUUGUUGGUGUACAGAAAAUUGUUUUAUAAUUGGUCGAGGACAAUCGAUCCGUAUCUGUCAAAUUGUAGAUCGAACUAGUAAUUCUGAUCGUUCACUACAUUCCAGCACUUCUUCAUUGAUUCAUCAAUCGCUUCAAAGUUUAUCAUCAGUUGAUUCUCGUAUUGGCUUGCCAGGUCGUUAUGUUGAAAUUGUACAUCAAGUUAAUUUGGAUAAUUCUGUUCAUAUUCACGGUGUUUCAAGACAUCAAUCAUAUAUUCUACUCUUAUCUGAUAUUGUUAAUAAUUCGUUUAAAUCAUGCUAUGGAAUAUCUCUGUUUGAUAUUGAUUUAGAUUUAAUUAGCAAUAAUUCAAUUUCUGGUAAUCAACAAAAUAAAGAAAUUUAUCACGAAAAACUAUCAAUCAAAUCAACUGCAUCACCAUGUAUUUUUGAUUUAGCUAGUGUGCCUCAUGAAAAUACACACUAUAUUUUUUCAAGAAAAGAAUUACUCUGUGUACAAGAACUAACUAUUGAUGACCGUGUUGAUUGGUUCCUUGAAAAUAAUUUAUUUUCUAAAGCACUUGAAGUCGCUCAAGAACAUCCACGAUUGUUGACUCGUCAUACAGUUCAAUCAGUUGGAAUAACUUAUAUUGAUCAUUUACUAAGUGAACGUCAUUUCAUUGGAGCUGGAAUACUUUGUGCACAGGUUUUAUCAACUAAAGAAGCUUGGGAAGAACAAGUUCAAAAAUUCUCAAAUAUUGGUCAUUUAGAGGCUAUUGUACCAUAUCUACCUGUGAGUGGUGAAGAGAAAUCUAUUAAACUCAAUUCUUCCAUAUAUGAAUUAAUUCUAAUCGAUUACAUGAAUCGAAUACCGAUUCAAUUUGUUGAAUUAUUAACUGAAUGGUGUAAAUCAGGUUUAAUUGUUAUUAGUGAAAAUCUUCUUCGCACUUUAUUAGAUUGUAUUGGACAGUGUAGUUCUCUAUCUGAAACUGUUGAUCUAACUAAAUUAGAUAUAAACAAACAAGCAUUAUAUCAUGGUUUAGCAAUAAUUUAUGAACAAAUGGAAUCGUAUGAACAAGCAAUCAAUAUAUUAGUUCGUUUACACGAUCCAGAAGUGUUCACUUUUUUAAAACGUAAUAUUAUCAAGCUUAAAGAUCGUCGUCUAGUGGAUAUAUUAAAAGAUCAUUUGAUUUAUUUCAUGGAGUUGAAUACAACCAAAACCAUUAAUAUGUUAAUGGAUCAUAUUGAUCAAGUUUCAAUUGAUUACGUAGUCAAUCAACUGAAUUCAGAUUCUAUGUUACUUUAUCAAUUUUUAGACAGUGUGUACUAUCGAUAUCCACAAAUUAUUGGCCCAUAUCUAAUUCGUCUUAUUUCCCUUUACAUCGAAUUUUGUCGAAGCAAAUUGUUACCUUUGUUAAAAUCCACAGAUCGUUAUCCUCUAAGUGAAGCCCUUAGGCUAUGCGAACGUGCGAAACUUGUACCAGAAACUGUUUAUUUGCUAACCAGAGUUGGAAGACGUCAUGAUGCUUUGCAGUUAAUUAUGACAAGGGGUGGUGAAGACUCAUCACUUGAAGAGUCCACAACUCAAGAACAACGCCAAGCUAUAGCUGCUGCGAAAUCGAUUGAAUACUGCCGAGAGGAAGAUGGUAUUCAAUCAAAAAAUCGCCGCCCUUUCCAUCGACAUCGCAGUAUGAAUAAUUUGAAUUUCAACAAGGAUUGUGAUGAAGACGAAGGUGAUGAAAAUGCUGGUGAAUUAUGGCAACAGGUUAUUUUAUUUGCGGCAGAUAAGCCUGCUUUCAUAUGUGCAUUACUACAAAAUGCAGGCUGUGAAGGUCUUGAUUCACGCUUGCUACUUCGCAAAAUAUCACCGGAUAUGACUAUACCUGGACUUCGUGAUGCACUUGUUAAGCUUAUGCAUGAUUACAAGAUUCAACUUGAACUACAAAAAAGCUGUUCACGCAUUUUAUCUUCGGAUAUGCAUCAGUUAUUUUUACGUGUUAUCAAAAUGCAAAUGAAAGGAGUUCGUGUGAAUUCGGGUGCUUGGUCUUCUGUUGGAUGUACAGUGUGUUUACAACCCAUAAUGAACAAUAACGGACAAUCAUGGCGAAGUGUAAACCAAUUAAAGUGUGAUAUCAAUAGUCAGGCUGACGCGGAAAAUCAUUGUGCAUGGGCAAUUUUCCACUGUAAUCAUGUCUGUCAUGGGGAUUGUUUGCCUAAUAGAGAAACAAAAUGUCCUUUAUGCUCAAAAUCACGUAUAGUUUAA